AUGACGUCUUCAGUUUGGCUGUUACUUGUCCUUUCCAUUCCAUUAACCAUGCAUAGCCUAAUGGAACUCACAGAGGCGUAUGGUAUCUGCUAUGGCAUGAUGGGGAAUAAUCUCCCCCCAGCUUCUGAUGUGGUUGCCUUCUACAAGAAACUUAACGUCACCUCAAUGAGACUCUUUGACCCCAACACUGCAGCCCUACAAGCCCUAAAGGGGAGCGGGAUCAACGUAGCCCUAGGCGUUCUAAAUGCGGACAUCCCACAAAUAGCAUCAAGCAUGGAUGGGGCCAACCAAUGGUUUACCACAAACGUCGCACCAUACAUCAAUGACGUAUCCAUCUCCUAUAUAACGGUCGGGAACGAGGUCAUCCCGGGGCAGUUCGCUGCCCAAGUCCUACCGGCAAUGCAAAAUCUUCAAAAUAUCCUCAAGAGAAAGAGCCUGCAGAGAAUCAAGGUUUCCACUGUGGUUGCAACUGUAGUUUUGGGCACCUCAUAUCCCCCCUCGGCUGGGGCAUUCUCAAACGACGCAAUUGCCUUUCUUUCUGUGCGAGAUGGGAACUUGGGGUACCAGAACCUGUUUGAUGCCAUUGUAGAUGCAUUUUUCUCGGCCAUGGAAAAGGUGGGGAUCUCUAAUGUGGACAUAGUUGUGUCAGAAAGCGGGUGGCCAUCAGACGGCAAUGGCGUCUUCACGACUCCGAACCUCGCCGCCACUUAUAACAAGAAUUUUAUCACGCAUAUCAGCCAGGGUGGGACCCCUAAGAGACCUAAUACUCGCAUUGAAGGGUAUAUCUUUGCCUUGUUCAAUGAAAACCUCAAGCCACCCGGUGUGGAGCAAAAUUUCGGGCUCUUUUAUCCCAACUUUACAGCUGUUUAUCAAAUAUGA